AUGGCUUCGCAGAAAGAUCUGAACAAACGGCCAUUUCAUUCGACUUCAGCGGUAACUUGUCAACGCAAAAAAUUCCGGCCUCCGCAUGCAGAUCCCAUGAGAUUUAACAAGAAAUUAAUUCUGCCCGUGUUCGAACCAUCGGGUCUGUUGGCUCUCGAGACGCACAGUAAAGAGGGUAUCCAGCUGGAGCACACGGAACCGCAUGAUUCCAUAUCUCCUAGCUCCUUCUAUCAGAAGUUUUCCAUUCCACUGCGAAAGCAGACACAUUUCCAAGCAGUGGUGUACAGCGACUCAGACGAAAAUUACCUUGCCAAGUAUGAUCUGCUGGACCAGACCAAUUAUCUUGUGGGCAGGAAACUGAGCACGGAGAAUGAAAGCCCGGAGCAAGAUGAAGAUCGAGAAGUCGUGUUAGCAGAUAUUCCAAUUCCUGAAGAAACGUGUUCGAAGCAACACUGCGUGAUACAGUUUAGAAAUAGAGACAACGAGCUCAAAGCGUAUGUCAUCGAUUUGAACUCAUCCAAUGGGACGUUACUGAACGACGUGGCUCUCCCCAGAGCCCGAUACGUAGAAUUGAGGAACGAAGAUGUACUUCGAUUCUCCACCCACGAGUCCGACUCAGAUUACUUCCUGGCCUUCACGUUAGCUUGA